CCGCGCGCUAUCACACACGCAGUUCGUCCCGCGCAGUGGGUGCGCGCAGGCGUGCGCCAUGACCAGCUCGCGCCGGCUCCGAGACGACCCCGCGCCGUGACCGAGCCCAGGCGACUCCACGACUGCGCGACCCGGCAGCAGCCGGGAAUGGAGGCCUGCUGCGCGAUCACAGCUGCCGAGGACCUUGUGGGCGACCAGAUUGUCCCAGGCGGCGGUCGUUGGGGUGCUCCACACGCCGCCGGCCUUCUCGACUCUUGGUUUCAGAUGCAGACAUCUGAGCUAGAGUCGCUGCUGUGUAAGCAGGAGGGCGCCUCACUCGCGCCCGCCCACAUGGACCUUUUCGACGGCGGAACCUCUUCACGCGACGAUGCAUUCCUCCGGCCCGCACUGUGGGAGGACAUCGCGUCCUCCAUCAGAAACAUCGACCCAGAGAACGCGAACAUGCUCGCGCCCCUCGGCUCCACGCACGUCAAGCUCGAAGCUGACGACGCACUACUGGAAGAGUGCGCCACCCCGCUACUCAGUCCCCUCGAGAUCAAGACGGAGAGGCUGUGCGCGCCGCCCACGUACGCGCACCCGCAGCCGCCGCAGCAUCAGCCGCAGCACCAGCCGAACACCUCCUUCGCCAAGUAUCCCCCCUCGCGGCUCGUCUACAUGUCCCCGCUGACGCCGCCCAGCUCUGAGCAGGGCAGUCCCGGGAACACCAUGCAGGGAGCAGGCCGACGCACGCCGCCGCCUCCCUACCACCCGCCGCCGCUGCUGCGGGCGCCGCACGUGCCGCCGCAUCCCGGCCCGCACCCGCACCACCAUCCCCAGUUUGUUCCGAUGCAGGCGAUGUCGCAGGGCGUGCAGCUGCCGGCGCCGGCGCCGCAGCCAGCGGGCCCGCACGCGCCGCCGCCGCACGCGCGCCUGGCGCACCCGCCGCACGUCAAGUACAACCGCCGGAAUAAUCCAGAGCUCGAGAAGAGGAGGGUCCACCACUGCGACUUCAUAGGAUGUACCAAGGUCUACACGAAGAGUUCGCAUCUAAAAGCACACCAGAGAAUACAUACAGGUGAGAAGCCGUACACGUGUCAGUGGCCGGAGUGCGAGUGGCGGUUCGCGCGCUCGGACGAGCUGACGCGCCACUACCGCAAGCACACGGGCGCCAAGCCCUUCAAGUGCGCCGUGUGCGAGCGCUCGUUCGCGCGCUCCGACCACCUCGCGCUGCACAUGAAGCGCCACCUGCCCAAGACGUCCAAAUGACACGCGAGGCGGGGCGGCGACCAGCCGCCCGCCACGCACACCUCACAGGAGGAGUGCAGUGAGAGCAUCUUCCUGGAGUGUGACCUGGACGCCACCCUGAUGGACACGUUCUACGGCGUGCUGUGACCGCCGCCGACACGCUUACUGUAUAUUUUGUAAAAGCGAACACAAACAUCACCAGUGUUACAUUCAACGACUACCAAGUUCCCAGUGAAUGUAGAAAAAUCUCUCAAAAAAUAUUUACUUAAUAAAUGGUACUUAAUUUGAGCAAGUAAUUAAGUACCGCGUAAACCAUCAAUUAACCAUACGAUUCUCACGUCAUAAAGUCACAAUACGUACAACACAACAGCAUUACCAAGGAAAUCGCUUUACAUAAUAUAUACCUUUUAAUUGUAAAUGACUCGAUUAGUCAUGAUACAGAUCCCAAAACACCCGUAUAUUAUAGAUAACUAUAUGAUGUAAAUUAAAAAUGACAAAUAUUUUAAUGGGGCAGGUUUUGCGACACCAUUGCUACACUGUGCUGUUUAAUUAUAUUCAGGUGCAGAAGUGAAUUGUAAAAAAUAAGUCAUAAUAUGAAUCCCCUACACUGAAGUCAAUAGUGUCACACGUUAAGAGAUACAGCACUCAAUUCUCAAAUCAAUUCGGAAAGACGUCGUCACUGUAUCAACUCGAGUCGUUUGGAUUUAGCAGCACUUUCACACUGGCGGAUUUUUUAAACCGAUCACCUCGAAAAGUGUUGCAUGUGUAUAUUCACUGUUGCGACAAACGGUUUUAAACGUCCUCUAAAACCAGUAGAUGACAAUUUUUGUUGGACAUCCGUAGGUGUAACAAUGUUUUCACACCACUAAUAAAUUCACUCGGUUCGUUUACGUAUACGAUGUAACUCGGUUUGUCCCUAGUGCUGAAAAUCCGCAAGUGUGAAAAGGCUGUGACUAUCGGCUGCCAUCCAAGUCAUCGAUGAUUUGAGUCUGACAUAAUCUGGUCGCUAUUGUUUUAGUUUCCUUAUGGAUUACAACCAGUACUUAAUCACUGAUUAGUAUUCAGACCUUUGCCUUAGGUGAUUCGAAAAAUAUUAUCUUCAUUUUUAUUUCACUCAGUAAUUAUUUUUUCUGUAGGUACCUACAUUGUAAAUUAUCUGUAAUAGUCCAUUGAGGCAAUAUUUUAUCUUAAAUCCGUUACAAAUGUUAAGGAAGAUAUAAAUUCCUCAAAAGUUGCUCACUACAACAGCAAUGGUGUCCAUAGAAACACCGUGAAUUAAGAGCUCUAAGUAUUCAUUAGAUAUGAUUAGUUAAUUUAUCGUAAGUUAAUCAAUAAGAGAGCAAGGAAUAUCCAAGAUAUUAUCUUUUAAUAUUAUUGUCGCGUUAAUAUCAGUAAGUAGGUGUAUGUUAGUAUUAAUGUACGGACGUUUGUUUCAAUAGUACGAGCUAAGUUUCAGUUACGCCUGGCAAUAAUAUUCAGGAAUGAAACCUUGCCAUAUUAGGCUUAAAGCAACUAUAAAAUUUUAAAUACCGGUAACGUACCUGCGAAUUUUCUACAACCUCGUUCAUACUCGUAAAAGGUAUUUGUUAAAGGCAGAAGACGGCUCACGCACAACCUAAGGUCGUAUUAUUGAAACGUUCAAAUUUUACACUUUCUAGUCUCGAUUUAUUAAAGUUUGUUUUUAUUUUCACAUUGUCAUAUCACCAACAGAUUGCCAUGACAUUGUCCGGCAAAGAGAACCAACAUGUUUCAUCGUACAGACAUGCGAUAAUAUAUAUUUAUUGUACUUUUUUAUUAUAAUAACAGUUAAAUAUUAUAGAAAAUUAAUGACGUAGCGAAUAAUAUAAUGUUAACUUAUGUGUUACGAAGUGCUUUAGGCAAUCUAGUGAGGAAUGUCUGGAACCAGCCUUAUUGCCUCCGUCCAGUUAGUGCGCGAGCCGCACGUUCACACUUUUAUAUCUAUAUCUUUAAAUAUUUACUAUAAACGCAAUUGCCAUCUUAAAUAGUCACUAGUAUUUUGUGCUACUGUAAGUUAUACUUACCUAAUUACGUAUUUUCAAAUGUAGAAUUUAAUUAAUAUUAACGUCUAACAUUUGCAGAGAUACCUAUAGUUUCAUUUUAAUAUCGCUUCUUGCCUCUGUACUUAUAGUUCGUAUUGUAUGAGCCCAGCCUGUAAAUAUUCAUAACGUUUCUACCCUAACUUGAAUGAAAUGCUUUUAUUACAAUACAAUGUAUUCGCCGUUUACAUUAAUCCCUUCCUCGUAAGCUUCGGCAUCAAAAUUUAGCAAGAAUACUGAUAACUGCAAACGAACGCUAGAGUUCUAAAAGGUCUAUGUUACGAGAAAAAAUUGCUGCAUGCUUUCGUAAAUUCAGUAAGUAAUUAUUAAUUUUCUUUUUCAUAUAAAAACUAGGAAGCGAUUUUGCAGUUUUCAGUAGUUCCCCAGUAUGACCAAGAUAUUAUAAAUGUACUAAAUUAUUACAACAGAUGAGCUUGUAAUCCGCGUGUGUACGCGACCCAGCCAUAAGGAAUGUAGACGCACUGUAAUCUUGCCACUGUUUCUUGCAUUUAGUUUUAUGUGUACCUAUCCUGCGCAAAGCCGCAAUCUCUUUUUCUGUGUAGAUGAAAAUGGAACCAAAAGGUAUAUUUUGUGCUAUAAUUUAUUUUUUGACCAUCAAUCUUGUUGUGAACUCACAAAGCAGCCUGAUUGUCGUGUAAGGAUAACCUCUAGUCUGAAGUGUAGAUGUUUCGCGAGGAACUAUGUAAAUAGACUAGAGAAUGACUUCAACAGUCAUCACGCCUUUGAAACGUUACAAAAUUAAAUGAGGCCUUAAAUUUAAUGACUUAAUUUACGGGAAUAGAUAAUAAUUGUAAUAUUAUAAAGAACUAUCGUUCUGUUAAGGCAGUUUUGAAAUCAGGUGUUGUAGUGACACGACGUCGUCUAUUAUGACCAAGUAAUUGCCAUAAACAUGUCGGUAGAUGCCAUAUUUUUAAAUAAAACCUUAAUUUUAGUUAUUGUGAAAAAUACGUAGUAGGUACUAAGCUCGUCUUCUGUAUAAAAUCGUACCUCACUACUUGUGUUCUAGCUUCUUCCAUACAGACAGACUACAGUUUCAGUUACUGUCAUAUGAAUACGUUUGUAUCUUUUUCUUCACGUGUAAUGUUUAUUUUUAAGUGCAUAGUUAAGUAUGUUGACUAAGUCACAAGAUAAUUUAUUACCAAUGACGUGUUUUUAAAUUCUUUUUAUAUACCUAUUUUUUAUAGUUGAGUGUAAAAAGUUGAGAUAUAUUAUGUUGAGGAAAUAGAUAUGGAUUUUAAUGUGUUUAAAAAUAUAUAGUUUGUAGAUUUUGCCAGAAGUGUGAUUUACUAACAUUUUGUUAUUUGCCACUUUACUGUCGAAGUUAAUUUGUUCACUGCCCUGGACUAAAGUGUUUAUCACCCUCCCAAAACCACACCACCGAUACCCAUCCAGUACAAUGUCUUCUAUAUUAAGUGUUGAUCACUGUUUGAAACAAUGCUCAUUAUUCGUAAUAAUUCUAUUUUUGUUUUCUUAUAAAUACAAAAAAAAUGUUACCCGAUAGAGAAAAUUUCUUAAUAUUGUUUGUUUCAAUCCAUAUUGUGUAUCCAAAUAAUGUUAAUAAAUCUUAGUGUCGAGAUCAAUCACCUUUUAUUCAAUCAGUCAAAAAUACAAGGUUUUUAUAUUGUUUUUUUAUAUAUACAAUAAACAACAAUAAACCAUAAUUUUGAAGCAAUUUCGACACAAAGUUUUGUGAGCAGAAUUGGAUUUCCAUGAUUUGAAUUUAUAAAUCUGGGGUGAUAGAUAUUGUAAGUCUGUAUAAUAUAGCCGCCCACAAAAAUGUGCCUUUUGCCAUAGACUGCAUAAGUCGAAUCGAACACAUUCUGAUGACAACUGUACCAUUGAUGUGUCUUAUUAAUGCUGUGAUUUGAACAUAAGCCUCCAAAUAUGUUUUUUUUGCCGUUCUUACACCUGUAAUAAUUCUCUAGAUAGAAAUGUAUAAUCAGAAUAGCUAAUUGUAAAAUCAUUUUCAAAAGAUAAAUUUGUCAUCGAAUUGUUUACUAUUCUAAACUGUAAGAUCAAAAAUUUAUGUGUAAAGUACUAACAAUGGUACAAUCAAUUUCUAGUGAUGUCUUAUUUCCUGCUGUUAACCACCUUGUACCAUACCAUUUCCACGAGAAGUAACGGAUGUUACUCAACCUUUACAUUUCAGAACAAAUUAAAUUUAGUCACAUUUA